GCUCUUCGGAAUCAGUCUGCUGUAAUCGGCUCUCUGUGGCUGGUUGCCUCGUGGGAGGCGUGUCGAGAGGACGAGGGAGUGUCAACGUGUCAACUAUGCUGACACAGGAGGACCGGAAGCGACGAGGUAGACGAAUCCACGUGCCACCUAACCAAAAACAUAGACCGGCCGUCCGUCACUGGCUGUUCUUCCAGCGUUCGUCAUCGUCUGCUGCGACAAUAUCCCAUGCUGAAGGAUCGAGGCGGCGCGGCGCGGAGUAUCGUCAGAACCGCGGCCGCGCGGUCGUCCCCGCGGGCCCGUCAGUUGAAGCACGCCCGCGCUAAGCGACGGUAGGGGUGGCCCGUUCUCGCCAUCCCCCUCGCCCCGGUCCGGUCCGGUCGCCGGGUGCGCGCUGGUGCUACUUCGCGGCGGUGGCGGUGACCACUGGCAGCGACCACGGCCGGACACGACGCCCGCCGGGCCCUGGAGGCCGCCCCGGAGCAGCGCCCCGGCCACGCCGCCGAGGCCACUGAGCACCACCAUGUGCCGGGGCCGUGCUGACCAGCCGGGGCCACCCGAGUGCCGUCCAGGAGACUGCCGAGCCGACCACCUGGGACCACAGGAGGGCCGUCCAGGAGACUGCCGAGUCUGCUGCCUGGGACCACCCGAGUGCCAUCCAGGAGACUGCCGAACCGACCACCCAGGACAACCCGUGUGCCCUCCAGAAGUGUGCCGCACUUAUUUGUCUUGCAACCAUGGCGGAGCAAGUGAAGGUGGUGGUUCGCUGCCGCCCGAUGAACGCGCGGGAGAAGGAGCUCAAGAGCAAGGUGAGCGGCAUGACGACGUCUGA